AUGGACAUAGGGAUAGGUACCCAAGGCCUCGAAGACCUUUCCCAGGCCUCAAACGUGCCAGGUUUCGAUCCAUCGCAGACCACUAAGGACAACGAACCAUGUGAUUGGUGGACUCCGAUGAGUACAGUCCGGAAAAUAAAGCUGGAACCAGUAGAAAAUAAAGCUCCACCGCCAACCAAGUGGACUAAAUGGCAAAGGAAACUUGAGCUUAGUGACUCACCCAUGCCGUCUGAUGGUUCUCCACAGUCCUCACUGUAUUGGUUCAACGAAGAAUCAUGGGAUAGAUUCACUGAAUGGUCUAUGAACCCGACAACUUUAAAGAUUGGUCCUACAGCCUUUAAUAUGACUGUAGCUACGAGGGUAAUAGGUCCUGAAAAAUGGCUUGGAAACGAGGAAAUGGAUGCGUUCAUGUAUAUAUGGCGAGUGAAGAAUUCUUUGAGGCAUUGGGCACCAGACCGUGUUGCUUUCAUGCCCGCCUUUUUUGCCUUCAAGUUGAGAACGGAUACCUCAGCUUUACAGCUUACGGAAGAGGAGAACUUCCAUCUCAUGGGCGGACUAAUAGAGUAUGGGGAGUCGAUGUUGAUCGUCUCUACUUUCCUCUGUUUGUCGGAGGUCUUCAUUUAG